CGGGAUGGUAGCCUAAGAUUUUGCCAUAACUACCUGCCAGGGCUAGUCUCCAGGGAGCGCCAGUCAUCCCCAGAGCUGCGGGAGUGCUCUGAUCCUAAGGUUCUUCCUGAUUCCUGGUAUGUAAGACAAGUGAAUCCUAUCCUGAGCCAUUGCACUCUAAGAUGUCCACCAAGUUGAGAGAACACGCAGCCUUGACUCCUGUGGUGCACACUCGAGAGGAGCAGGAGGGACUGAGAAUCGUGAAGGUAGAGGAAGAGGAGAACCAUGCUUGGGAGCAGAAGCCUCGCCAACCAGGGAAUGUGCACCCUUAUCAGGAACUUUUCCGCCAGUGCUUCAGGCAGUUCCGUUACCAGGCGGCCCCUGGACCUCGAGAGGCUCUGAGCCAGCUCCGGGAGCUCUGCCAAAAGUGGCUGCGACCUGAGAUGCACACCAAGGAGCAGAUCCUGGAGCUGCUGGUGCUGGAGCAGUUCCUGACCAUCCUGCCCGAGGAGCUGCAGGCCCAGGUAUGGGAGUAUCAUCCAAGGAGUGGAGAGGAAGUGGUGACUGUGCUGGAAAAUUUGGAGACAGAACUUGGAGACAAAGGACAACAGGUCCAAGCCAGUGCACAUUACAAACAAGAAGUGCUGUGGAAGGAAGUAGGACCUGUAAGCCUUGCAAAUCAGUCACUUAACAUCCAGCUGAAGUGUGAUCCUUGGGAGCAUUUUCCUCUGCAAGAGAAUGCAGGAGCUGAGACCAGGAAUAUGACUGGUGAAUUUGCUCCAAAGCAGGUUUCUGCAGAAAGGAAUUCAUUGGUUGCUUUCCAGGAUCCAAAGUGUGGAGAAACUUUUCAAUAUAGGGGUAAAUCAGAACAGCAAAAGGUCAACCCCAUGAGAGUAAAACGACACAAAUGUAAGGAGUGUGGAAAGGCCUUUGCUCAGAGCUCAGGGCUUGUUCGACAUUGGAGAAUUCACACUGGAGAGAAACCUUAUAAAUGCAAUCAAUGUGGAAAAGCCGUCAGUUAUAAAUCAGCCCUUCUUUCACACCAGGAAAUUCAUAAUAAAAUAAAACGCUAUCAGUGUAAUGAAUGUGGGAAAGCCUUCAGUCAAAACACAGGCCUGGUUCUUCAUCAGAGGAUCCAUACUGGGAAAAGACCUUAUGGAUGUAAAGAGUGCGGGAAAUCCUUUAGUCAAAGUUCACACCUUAUUGGACAUCUGAGGAUCCAUACUGGAGAGAAACCCUUCAAAUGUAAUGAGUGCGAGAGGGCCUUCACUCAGAGGUCAGGACUCAUGGAACAUCAGAGAAGUCACACUGGAGAGAAACCGUAUAUGUGUAAGGAAUGUGGGAAAGCUUUCCGAGGGAGUACCAGCCUUACUCAGCACCUGAGGAUCCACACUGGGGAGAAGCCCUAUCAGUGUGAGGAAUGUGGACGAGCCUUCAUUCAGAGGUCAAGCCUUGUUCGUCAUCAGAGGAUCCACAGAGGGCAGAAGUCUGUUUCUGUAUCCUAAUUGUAAGAAGGCCUUUAAUCAUAAAUCAGGCCUUACUGAACACUUUAGAAAGCUACGCUGAAUACAGACCUAAUCACUGUGUAAUAAAUUCAAGAAAUUAGGGAUGUGGUGUCUCCAUUGUUAUUCUAAGUAGUCAAACUAGAAGAGAUUCUGAUAUCAUCCAACAGAUUGAAAGAAGCUGGUAGCUUGUCACU